AUGAAUAAAUUAUUGAAAAAAAAUGAAGAAAAUAAACAACAAACUCAAUCUGUUAUGUCGAUUAUGACGUUAUUGCGAAAGUAUAACAGUGAACAAGAGGAUUCUCGCAUAACAAAUAACUCAUUUUUACAUCAACGAGAAACAUUGACAAAUCAAAUAGGAACUAUUGGAAUUGACAAUAAUGCAAGCUAUGACGAUGAUAAUUCUUAUCAAUCGACUAAGAAAAAGAAGAAUGACAAGAGUUUAACGAUUGAUUUUUGUGAAAAAUUUCUUUACUGUAAUGACCUGUUACAAGCAGCAAGGAUAAAUUCAACACAAAAACAGCAACGUUCUGUAAAACAACCACAAUCAUCUAAUCUAGAGUCUAAGGUUAAUAGACCGAGACGACAAUCUAAAUCGAAAAUGACACGAUUAACACUAGAAGAAAAACAAUUAUUUGAUGAAGAACAAAUAUUAUCAUCAAGACAAGAGAUAAUUGCACAUGCUUGUAGUAGACGAAAAGCAAGUGGACAUCGCAAAAUACCACGUCAAAAUUCAUUAUCUUAUCCUUCAGAGAAAAAACCAACGACACUAGAGCAAAUAUCUACGGACUCAAUGGACAGUAUUUCACGGUUACCAAUUCAUCGACUUUGUCGAAAAGGAGCGUAUCCCAAUACAGAAAUUCAACGAUUUUGUAUUGAAGAUGAAAAUGUACCAUGGAGUAUUGAAAUACCAGAAUACAAUGCUCCAUAUUACACUGAUCCAAGUAUUCUAUUACAAUUACCGAAAUCAGAAGAAAAAGCUCUCACAACGUUGAUAAAUGGAGUGGAUCCAGAAUAUGUUCUACAUGAUAUUAUGUGGAAUGUGUUUGAUACAAAUUACAAUGUUGAUCGUCGAACAAAAAAUCCAUUUGGAGAAUAUAAAAUUGAUGAUCUAGGUUAUCCCUUAAAUCCAUUAGGUCGAACAGGUAUGCGUGGUCGUGGCCAGUUGCCACGUUGGGCUGUCAAUUAUAAAACACAUCUUAUCCUGUUACGUUUCACCAAUGAAAUGGAUAAAAAAACUCAAAAACAAAAAUAUAAAUAUAUCGUGGAAAAACGAGAUCAUUAUUGGCGGUUGCCUUCCACACGGGCCACGAGCUGUGAUAGAAAUGCUGUUUUAUAUACAUUACGAGAAUUUCUCAAUAGUAUGUAUAAAUUAUGGUAUGAUGUUGAUAUUAUACCAUCUCAUAUACAAAAUAAAUUAUCUAGUUUAACAGACAAUCUAAUAUAUGUUAGUUCAGCUUAUAUUGAUGAUAUAGUAAAUACAGAUAAUGCAUGGUUAGAAACGGUGGUAUAUUGUUAUGUGCAAAAUAGAAGUAUGGAAAAUAUAAUUGAUUUAGAUGAUUUAUUUCCACCCGAUUUGGAUAAAAAAGAAUAUUUUACAUGGAAUAGUUUAUCGCGAACAAGUGAAUUAUUAGAAAGUGAAAGAGAUUUAUUAAAAUUAAUUGCCAAAACACAAAAUGCGUAUUGCCCUGGUUUUGUUCUCAAAAACUCCUGGUCCAAAAAAAUUUUUGAUGAAAAAUUGAUAGCAUACGAUAAUCCUUGUGCACCACUUGUAAAGUUUUCAACUGAUGAAUGGAACGAUUUUAUUGAAAUGACUGAUGAUCAUCAACUCAAACAUGGUGAAACACAACAGCCUCUUGGAGAAAAUUUAUUCAGAUCAUUGUCAUUAGAAGAUCUCGUAAAAUCGUUCGAUAAUACAAUUAAUUGUUGUUUUCCAAAUGAAUUGUACGAAAACAAAAAUUCUAAUCUUAAUAUAAAAGACGAUGUCCAUCUCAAAUCACUCAAACAAGAUCUCGUGGCAACAUCAAGAACCUGGUCAGAAUUAAUUGAAAAUUUACGCCAUUCUUUACUAAACGAAUUAAAACUACCCCAUAUAGAGAAAAGUUGUCAAUUAGCAAUGAGUACAAUUAAUCAGUUUUCAAUUGACAAAGAAAUUAGUAGUAUCGAUGAUGUUGAAGAAGAUGAAUUACGAGAACAACUUGAUAUGCACUCAGUUAUUGUUCCAAAUAUCAGCAAUCUUGAACCAUUUUUAACUGCUGAACAAGUUAUUAGUGAAAUUGAUUUUAUUCUACAGGAAAGUUGUAUAGAUAUGACACCUGAUUCUGGUUUUUCUGACGACAAUAGUGACAUGCUCGAUUUACGUACACGUAUUCAUUAUUUAUCAAAUGGUGAAAAUCUUGAUUUUGGUAAACGGACUUACUUGAAAACACAAUCUGUAUUUUCACUCAAUGAAAUAUAUGAAGAACUUGAAUCAUCUGUUAAAGAAUUAUCGGACACACUUGUUCAAGAAUUAGCUUUUCGCGAUGAAUUAGAAUUUGAAAAAGAGACAAAAAAUACAUUUAUUUCACUUGUACUCAGUAUUCAAAAUAAACGACGACAACAUCAACUAGAUAAACGACAUAAACGACGUUCUGUAGUAGAAAAAGGUGAACCUGGAAUGUAUCUGACAACUGUAAUCCCGUUUGAUCGUGAUCAAACAUCACUUUCUGCCGAACAUUUACAAAGUCUAAAUAAAAUUUUAUAUGCAAUUAAUGAUGAUAGUCCACAAGUUCCCGAAUUGCUAACAAAUUACAUUUUAAAAGAAUCAUCGUCAGCAUUUAUAAAUGCUGAGCAACAACGUUUACAAAAUGUUCUUGUUUAUAAGUCAAACGAGCGAUAUGUUGGUAUUUUAGCCGCAGUUGGUGUAGUUCAAUUUUUUUUCAUGCAAUGUGCAUCGUAUUACAGUUAUCAAUUAUUUGGUACGGUAACAGCAAAAAAAGAAAAUUUAACACCAGAAUCAACAAUGAUUGACAGAUUUGCCACAAUUAUUUCUACAAAUCGUUUUCGUAUAUCAGCUGCGUUAACAACAUCAUUUUUAAGUUUAGCCAUAAUGACUGCUUGUCUUGUAUAUCCUGCUCGUUAUGUUCGAAAAUUAUAUUUAUUAAAAGAUGGGAAAAGUGCUGGUAUUAUCACAUUUGCCACAUGGAAAAGUGGAAGAAAAUUUACUGUACCACUCGUCGAUUUAUCCAUACGUACAUCUCGUCAUACAAAUACUCAAUUAAACCAAAUGAAAAUUCGUGGACAUAGAUUUAGUUAUUUAAUUAAUAAACGUGAUGGAAAAUUUACAUCUGAAGGUCUAGAGAUCUUUGAUAAUAUUAUCGCGUUAAAACGAUUUUAG